UUUGUACUUUCUUAUUAAAGUAAACUUUUUUCAAUUUUCAAAAAUAAACAAACCUAAGUGAAGCUUAAUAUGAUUUCAAAUAAAACUCUAGCAAAAAUAGCUGUGUAUGUGAGCGUAGCUGGCAUUUCAAGUGUUAUGUACAUGCGUUGGAAAAUUCAAGAAAGAAUACGCAAUACUGACUAUUUUCGGUUAGCUUUCAGUGCUUUGAGAGGACAUAGAGGAGCCGUCAAUCUAUUGGGUGAACCGAUUAAAGAUAUGGGUUUCGAUAUAAGUGAUCCGAAACGUAAUCAAUGCGAUGGUCAGACGGCACAAUUUGAAGUAGCAGUGAAAGGCUCCAAAAACAGAGGCACAAUGUAUUUCUGGGCGACACGAACCAACGAAACUGGCUGGCUGUUAAAUCGUUUAGAAUUGGAAAUUAAAGCAGAACCAGAUAAGCGGUUUAUACUUAAAAAACCAAUAAGCGAAAGCUCUUCACCUACUGCCUCACUACAAGAAUAGCAAUAUACUUCUGUUGAUAAAAUAUGUAUGUUUGUCACUAAGCUAAGAAAUUGUUCCUACAAAAUCGAAAAUUAUGAAAUUUUGAGAAAAGAAUUGAAAGGUAUGUGAAAGUCGAACAUAUUGGGGAUGGGUACAGUAAAUUUCGCACUCCAUGCUUGUAGAAAGGAAAACUGCUUCUAAGCAUUCACAAACGUCCAAAAGGCCAAUUAGCGGAUCCCUUAAUCUCGUUCAGCCUUAUGCCGAGUGUAGCUCGAAAUCAUAUUUCUUAUGCCAUACUUGUGGUAUAGAUAGUUUGCGCAGCUGUAUACAACAUCCAGAAGGGCCUGAAAUAGACCCAUCUUUUAUUAAAACGAUCGAUUUACGCCACUUCGUCUAGUAAACUUAUUCACUGUUUUUGUUUAUAAUGCACCAGUAACUAGAUAUUAUUUUCAUGCUUUUCGUAAAAGCCCGCUUUUUAGAAGUUUUUCAAAACAUCACAGGCGUGAUCCAUCAUGGAGCGAGGUGUAAGAAAUAGACCGAUGUGAUUCAAAUUUGGUCCGCUUCAUCUUUAUGUUAAAUUACAACCGUAAACAGAUUUUCAUCAUAAAA